AUGCUUUCAGGUCUCUUUACCAAUAACAAAACUGUUUCCUCCCUUGGCUGCCUCCUUCAGUUUUACAUCUUUAGUUUCCUUGCCUGUACUGAAUGUGUCCUCUUGUCAGUCAUGUCCUAUGACCUGUACUUAACAACAUGCAACCCCCUACAUUAUGGAGCUGCAAUGAACUUAAGGAUCUGUGCUAAAUUAGCUUCAGGUUCUUGGAUAACCAGCUACCUGGCUUCCACCAUAACAGUAAACUUAAUGCCAGUGUUGACUUUCUGUGGCCCCAAUGAAGUUGACCAUUUCUUCUGUGAUCUGACACCCCUGCUACAACUAUCCUGUACAGACACUCACCUGGUCCGACUGGCAAUUUUUGCCUUUACUUCCUUAGGGGCAUUUCCCCCAUUUCUACUGACUGUGGCAUCCUAUGCUUAUAUCAUUGCCACCAUCCUGAGAAUCCCAUCUACCACUGGGAGACAAAAGGCAUUUUCCACCUGCUCCUCCCACCUCAUUGUGGUAACCGUCUUCUUUGGGACCUUAAUCACUGUGUAUCUUACACCAACAGUGGAUACUUGGAGAGCCCUGAACAAAGUGCUGUCUGUCUUCUACACUAUCCUCACCCCAAUGGUCAACGCCCUCAUCUACAGCCUGAGAAACAGGGAGGUAAUGAAGGCACUGGGCAGGGCUCUUAAUCUGUGA